UUAUUGGGAUGAGUUGGAGUCGGUACCAUGUGAAAUUUGCUUGCUCGGACAUCAAUUCAGUUGUCCCUCAAUUUGCAAUCAAAACGUUCACUAAUCGAGGCCUCUCCCAUGGUAAGUUAAUUCUUGGAAAAAACCAAGGAAAAUGAUCAAAAUGAAUAGGAAUCUGAUUUUGGGACCAUGUGUAUAACUUUAAAGAAAUAUUAUUCUCUCCCUUGAUGGUUUUCAUAUAUCUGUAAAAUCUUGAUCUGAUUAUACUGGUUGGAGCUGGACCGUGUGAAUCAUAUUGUUUUUAGCUUUGAAAAACUGUUCUGUACUUGAUACACUGUUAAGCUUGGCUAUUGUGUGUGUUUUCGGAAUCGCUCUCUAUUCUUUUAUUUGUUAUUAGAAAUGUGUGUUGUUGCAUGUGUAUCAUGUGAAAUAUUAAAUUUUCCAGUUGGAGAAUAGCUUGGAAUUGUUGAGAAGACUUGUCGCAUUGUUUGGGAGUUAGAACUUGUGUAUUAGAUAGAUACGGAACCAUUCAUAUCAUCUUUACAAGAAACUAUGAAAUGGUCAAAGCACUCAGGCAUAUUAAAUAUUAGCACACCUGGAUUCACUGACUGGGCUUACCUUCAAAAACAUAAAAAAACAAAAAUAAAAAGGGCAUAUUCUUUUUGAGAUGUGUGUUCACAUCGUCAUCCGUGGCUAUUGUUUGUUAAUUUGUGGAACUAAGUUUUCAACCUUUAGUUCAUUUGGCUUCAAGUUUUAACAACUCCAGGCACUGGGGUUCAAAGUGGCUGCAUGAUGCUGGAAAUCCACCUUUAUCCCCAGAGAAAUCCUCUUAUUCCUUACCUGUAUAUGCGCAAAGAUUUGGAUAAUCAAAAGUUUCCCAAUCUUGCUUAGGUUAUUGGGUAAGACACUAGACAGCAAUCAUUUUGACCACAGGUGUGAUUAAGAAAAAAGCAUGAAGGUCAAUGAUUAGGUUGGUAUCUGUAUGCCUAUAGCCUCCUUAAAACACAUUUUCUAGAAGAAAACCAUUGUUCAAGAUUUGUCCCAUGUGAGCUUUUGAAGUUGAAAAUUCAAUUAGAGAAAGGUGGAGGUAACAUCUUUUAGGUAGGUAGGUCCACUUGGGUUCUCUAUUUUUAAUAGCAUGUGAAGAAGCGUGCCUGGCAUGCGUUCUUCUGAAAAAGUGGCUUUUGAAAGCAUUCAAUCAUCAAGUUAUGCAAUUCAGGUCUUCCCUUGAAUCAGAAAAAAAUAUCUACUACCAGCCGCUCCCUAAUGAGGAAUCUUCUUCGCCUUCAGAAACUGAUCUGGAAAAUGAGAGAGGGCACAAGGCAGAGCGCAAGGAUAAGGCACCACAGGGUGUUUCAGCUCACAGAAAGAUUAGCAUUAACAAGUAUGCUUUUGCUGGUGCCAUUUUGGCCUCCACAAAUUCUGUUCUUUUGGGUUAUGACAUUGGUGUGAUGAGUGGUGCAGUGCUCUACAUCAAGGACAACCUGAAGAUCACAUCAACUCAAGUGGAGAUCUUGGUAGGUUCUCUUAACGUUUGUUCAUUGAUUGGAUCACUUGCAGCAGGCAGAACAUCUGAUUAUAUUGGCAGACGUUAUACCAUAGUCCUGGCUGCAGCCACUUUCCUUAUCGGUGCACUUCUAAUGGGACUGGCACCAUCCUUCACAUUUCUAAUGGCUGGAAGGGUAGUAGCUGGUAUUGGCGUUGGCUACUCCCUAAUGAUUGCUCCAGUCUACGCUGCAGAGCUCUCCCCAGCCAUGACUCGCGGCUUCCUAUCUUCCCUGCCUGAAGUCUUCAUUAAUAUUGGAAUUCUACUUGGUUAUGUCUCCAACUAUGCUCUAUCAAGUCUUCCUGAGAACAAGAACUGGAGACUAAUGCUUGGACUUGCAGCUUUUCCUGCUGUAAUUGUUGCUUUAGGUGUCUUGGUGAUGCCCGAGUCCCCUCGUUGGCUGGUCAUGAAAGGCCGGUUCGGAGAUGCACAGAGGGUUCUGAUAAAAACUUCAGACUCUAGAGAGGAAGCAGAACUGAGAUUAGCUGAAAUGAUAAAAGCUGCUAAAGGUUUCACCCACGGAGCCACUUCAAGCAAUUGGCGUGGGCAAGGAGCUUGGAAAGAACUACUUUUUGAACCAUCUCGCCCGAUUCGUCGAAUUCUGAUUGCUGCUAUUGGAGUUAAUUUCUUCAUGCAGGCUUCAGGUAAUGAUGCUGUUGUGUAUUACAGCCCUCACGUGUUCCAGGAUGCUGGAAUUGAAAACAGGCAACAGCUUGUAGGUGUUACAGUAAUAAUGGGAAUAGCCAAAACAACAUUUUCGUUGGUUUCAGCUCUUUUCCUAGACAGAUUUGGGAGACGGCCUCUAUUGUUAUUGGGCUCAACUGGGAUGGCCAUUUCAUUGGCUGCAUUGGGCCUGGGCUCAAAAUAUCUGGAGCAGUCAGAUACCAAGCCUGUGUGGGCUGUAGCAUUGUCUAUAGUGGCUGUAUGUGCUGAUGUAUCCUUCUUUUCAAUUGGGCUUGGGCCAGUGACAUGGGUCUACUCAUCAGAGAUAUUUCCUAUGAGGUUAAGAGCUCAAGGUUCAAGCUUAGCAAUAUCAGUUAACAGGUUGGUGAGUGGGAUUGUGGCCAUGACAUUUCUGAGCAUUUCGGAAGUAAUGUCCUUUGGAGGAAUGUUUUUUGCACUUGCAUUAAUUAUGGUAGUGGGAACAGUUUUCAUUUAUUUCUUUUUGCCUGAAACUAAAGGCAAGACCUUGGAAGAGAUUGGGGUUCUUUUUGAAGAUAAAGUCCCUGAAAAUGAAAGACAUUUCGUUAGUUGAUUCAAAAUAUACCCAGAUAAUUACAGUUUCAAUUAUGGAAAAUGAUGAACAAAAUCCAAUUUGGAAGUGGAGGAAGCACACACUUUCUGUAAAAGAUGGAAAUUGGUUUCUUAAAAUUUGGGAUUGUAUUGAGUUGUAUAGCUUGGAGUGAUGAAACUGGUGACGGCAUGAACUAAUAUUGCUUUGUAUAAGAUGAUAUAAUAAGAAGUGUCAAAAAGUUGCAUUUAGAGCAUUCAUCUCUGCAAAGUCUUGGAGAUGCUCGUGGGGAAAAAAAAAAAAGAACUACAUUUAGUGCUAGAAAUUUGACGAAACAGAGGACAAUGCACAUAAGAUAAAAGAGGAAGAAAGGAGAGAUUGUCUUGUUCUUGUUCAUUAUAGUAGUAUAUGUUUUUUCCUUUAAUAAUUAGCGUUGGUUAGGGUUUUCAUUUUCCAAAACAGAAGACGCGCCUUUCCGAUCCACUCCCAUGUUGAUGCAGUAGGCAGAAUCAUUUUGUCGCCAAACUUUGAGCGAGUGGUUGAAACAAUAUAAUUUUGUAUCGCUGUCCUAAUUUGAACGAUUAUUACAGUGCAAAUUAUCUAUGGUCCAAUAAACUUGGAGCCCCUUUUACCUUGUUUAGGACUAGGAGGCUACUUUUGCAAUAAGCUUUUGACUUC